AUGGGUCACUACUCAAGAGGUCAUCAACGAAGUCAACCGCGUCAAAGCGGAAAUGGCAACGUUGAAAGAGAGCUACGUCGCAUCCUGCAUGGAGAAUCAAAGCUUGAAAUCCCCAGAAUGCCUAAUUUGGACACUGAAGGAUUCGAGACUCCUCUAAACCAUGUCGUCAAUGAAGGCGGUGAUGAAUUAGAAAAGGAAGAUGGCGAUGACGAUGAUGGCGGUGAUGUCAAUCCCUCGAAGGAACCGUCUCAAAUUCAACCUUGCCGUCGUCUUGAUGAUCCCAUCCAACAGCGUCUCCAGCAAUUGGAAGACACGAUCGCUCGUAUCCCAGGCGUCCCUCGACCUAUGGAGAAGGCAACACCAAAUAGCUAUGCAGAUUCGCCCUUUGUGGACCCCAUUGCGUUGAUCGAGGUGCCCAAGCGAUUCUCUAUCCCAUCCAUGAAGCUCUACGACGGCACCACCGAUCCCAACGACCACAUCGCUCAAUAUAAGCAAAGGAUGAUCACCAUUUCUAUCCUGAAAAACAUGCGAGAGGCAUGCAUGUGCAAAGUCUUCGGCUCGACGUUGACCGGACCAGCAUUACAGUGGUUUAUUAAUCUCAAUAAUGGGAUUAUCUCUUCUCUUGCUCAAUUAGUUAAUACCUUUAAUAUGCAAUUUGCUAGUAGUCGCAGAAUGGAAAAACAAGCUAGUGACUUGCAUAGAAUUGUGCAGAAAUCUGAUGAAUCUCUUCAGGUAUUUGUGAACAGGUUUAACAGGGAAAAGGUGUCCAUUCCAAACUGUGACGCCAGGACAGCUAUUGAAGCCUUCAGACGGGGGUUAGAUGAAGAAUCCGAUCUCUACAAGGAGUUGACCAAGUAUCUUCGUUUUCGCACGUUCAAGGACGCUCAAUCCAAAGCACUGGCCCAAAUCAGGCUGGAAGAAGACAUGCAGUCCAAGAAAGCCUACGCCAGCGUCGACAACAGGAAGUCUGCGACCGGCAAGCAAGCUUUGUGGCGUCAAAAACCAUAA